AUGAUGGAUGAAAGCAAAUUAAACAUUGAUGCUCCUCUUAUGUCAGUGAGACGCUCUUUUGGUACACCUCCAUCCUUAACUGAAACAAGUAGAAAGAUAUUACAGAAGCCACAAACACUUCCACACUGUAUAUCAGACGCAACUUUGGAUCAGGUAACAGAACCUGUUGCAGUGCCUUUCAAUUGGGAGCAUAUCCCUGGAAAGCCGAAGGAUUGUGAUGGAUCUGAAACUCAACCUCCUAUACAGGUUUCAAUUACCCCAACCCCAACUCUUCCCCCUGGAAAGUCCACAAAUGCUGCCAAACAACCAUUUGAAAAGGAGCCUAAUGCUGCAAAUAACUUUAGAUCCAGAAGCACAUCAAAUUCUUUUAUUGAGAAAAUAGAUGGUGGCAAAGAACACAAAGAUGAGAAAAUAGAAAAGGUGGAAGAGAACGAUGACUAUGAUGAUGAUGUUUAUUCAGAUGCCCUUGAAACACUGUCACCUACAGAACCAUUGUCCAUGAAUUGUAGUGUAAGUGGGGUGAGUGGCUUAGAUAAUUUGGAUGCAAAUAUUUGUGGAACCUCUUCUACAGAUAAACAAGCUCAUGAUUUCAUGAUGAGCCGGUUCUUACAAGCAGCAAAGGCUAUGACUAUCCAGCCUCCUCAAUAUACUUCUUCUAGAAAGCAAUCUGUUCUGGCAGAACAACCUAGAGAGUUUAUCAAAUUGGUUCCUGAGAAAAAGAAGUCAUUUGUUAAUAGACAUAUCACUGACAUUGUACCAUAUAAUGGUCAAUGUCAAGACGAGGAAGAAGAGGAAAGUGGUGAUGAAACUAAUGAUUAUGCAAAUAUUUCAGCUAAAGGUUGCGGGUUGCUUCCCCGCUUAUGUGUUAGAAAUUCAUUGUGCUUAUUAAAUCCAGUGACUGGGACAAAAAUGGAGAAUCAGUUGUCCUUGUAUUCUGCCUAUGAGGUUGGAAAACCUGAUAAAAGUUCUCAUAUUCGCUCUCAUAAACCAGCUCCAGUUGUAAAGAAGGCUUGGGAUGCUAUUAAUAAGAGGAAAUCAAGCUCUAGGGCUGCAUCACCAGACAAGCAGGAUGUAAGGAAAAAAUGGACUAGUGAAUCAAGCAGGUUUACUUACUCUGGUGAAAUGAAGCAGCUAGGUAGGCUCUCUCCCUUUCAUCGUUCUAGAGCUGCUGCUGUUGGCAUAUCUCCUUUUCGAAGUAAAUCUCAACCUCUCUUUCCUGGAGCAAAGUCUAUUCGUGAUUCCAAACAAGCUGAUAAUAAAAUUUCUGGCAAAUUGAAAUUCCCUAGUAGAGGACCUGCAAGUAUUCAAGAGAUGCUAUCACAAGGAGCCAAAAGAAGCUCAAAUUCUGGGAGCCUUAUUAACGAAAAGACCUUGUACAUAGAUUCUUCGAGUGCUAUAAAAUCAACAUCCUCUAGUUCACGUUCUUUAGGAAGUGCAACAUUGGUAGGAAAAGAAAGAAAUUCCUUACUAGAUUCUUUUCGAGAGUUGAAUUCUGUGGAUGCCAAUUCUUCAACUUUAUCUAACAUGGUGUAUCUCAUGGCCAAAGAAGAUAAUGCUGAACCGAUGACAGCUGAUCAAGAAAUUAAUCAAGCGGCCAUAUCCUUGCAACUAGUGCCAAGUUCAUUUGACAAAGAUGCAGAGAUCAACAACCAGCAAAUUGUAGUAGUUGAUGAUCCAGGAAAAGUUGGCACGGAAUAUGUUCUGCAUCCUCUUGCCCCACCGUUGCCAAAGUCACCUUCUGAGUCCUGGCUUUGUCGUGCCCUGCCUCUAGUUUCUUCUAAGAAUUCAUUCCCACAUUCGAAUCAAGGUACACAUUUCAAGGCUAAAAACCAGAGUUUUAGUAGAGCAUCAAGCUAUACUAAGUGGGAAACAAUAGUGAAAUCUUCGAAUGUGAAUCAUGAUCAUGUAAGCUGUUCUAAGGAACUAGUCGUGUAUAGGUCUCAGCAUUCGAAAUCUUAG